AAAGACGCCAUGAAAACGUAAAUGAACCUGGAGUGAGCAAACAAUACACAAGCACAUUCUUCUUCUUCCGGGUUUAUUGCUUCCUGAAUCAACGGUCUUCUCCGAUCCAAAGAAACCCAGAUUGUGGUUAUGGCGGAUGAGGUAUUGCUCUCUAGGGCAGAGUCUGCUGCUCCAAAGUCUUCGGUUUGGUCCGAAAUUUCAAACGUUGCAACGAGAUCUUUUGUGUUGGGUUUCACCUCCUGUUCAUGCAGUGCUUUUGUCUUCGGCUGCGUCAUCGGAUAUUCAGCUCCUACACAGUCCGGUAUCAUGAAAGACUUGAAUCUCUCUGUAGCUGAUUAUUCGUUCUUUGGAUCGAUAUUAACGGUUGGGCAAAUAAUUGGAGCUUUGAUGUCAGGCAAAUUGGCAGAUUUGGUCGGCCGUGUAUACACAAUGUGGAUAGCAAACGUUCUCUACAUUGUUGGUUGGCUCGGAAUUGCAUUUGCCAAGGAUGCUUGGCUGCUUGAUCUCGGGAGGUUCUUGCAUGGAGUCACGAUUGGGAUCGGUUCAUAUUUGGGGCCUAUUUACAUUGCCGAGAUAACACCGAGAAACCUGAGAGGAUCUGCUUCGUCAUUGUCUCAGUUGUUUGCAGGCAUUGGCAUAUCCGCCAUCUAUGCUCUUGGAACCGUCGUCUCUUGGCGUGCCUUAGCUCUUAUGGGAUCUGUGCCUUGUCUUGUGACUUUGCCUCUUCUUUUCUUCGUCCCCGAGUCUCCGAGAUGGCUGGCUAAAGUGGGGAGGCGUAAAGAAUUCGAGGCGGUUCUGUUGCAUCUACGGGGAGAAAAUACCGAAUUCUCAGAUGAAGCAGCCGAGAUAUUAGAAUAUACCGAACAAGUUAAACAACGACAGCCAGACGACAGUUUCUUCAAGCUGUUCCAACGAAAAUAUGCGUUUUCACUUAUGAUUGGAGUUGUUGUGAUAGCAUUGCCGCAGCUCCAAGGGGUCAAUGGUUUUACUUUCUACACUGACUCGAUUUUUGCUUCUGCCGGUAUAUCCAGAGAUGUUGGGUUCCAAACAUCGUCUGUUGUCCAGUUAUUUGCAGGGAUUUUGGGUACUUUGCUGGUUGAUGUAUCCGGACGGAGAUUGCUUCUUCUGGUUUCUCAAGGAGGAGCAUUCUUGGGUUGCCUUGUCAUAUCCAUCUCUUUCUUCCUACAGGAGAGGCAUAUCUGGGAAGCAGGAACACCUGUCUUGGCACUUGCCAGUGUGUUGGUGUAUACUGGCUCAUACGGAAUAGGCAUGGGAGCAAUACCUUGGAUCAUUGCAUCAGAGAUUUACCCUGUGGACGUAAAAGGAGCAGCAGGUACGAUAUGUAACCUCGUCAGCUCCAUAAGCUCAUGGGUCGUCACCUAUUUCUUCAGCUUCUUGCUUCAAUGGAGCCCUACUGGGACAUUUCUCAUAUUUGCAAGUGCAUGUGGCGUUGGGAUUGUGUUUAUAGCAAAGCUGGUUCCAGAGACUAAAGGCAAAUCCUUGGAAGAAAUACAAGCUCUUCUCCUCAGUUAAUACAAACCAGUGAAGUUAUUACCAGAGUGUCUGUGUCAGCUGCCUGUCUGUAAUAAAAUGAGCUUUUAAAUUUGGUCCGAAUUCCAAACUGUAAUCUGUUUCAGGUCAUAGUAAUGAUAUAAAUCUGAAUAAUCCAGCAAAUCACUCAAGAAACACUAUUAUUUAUUA